UUGUGUGAACAAUUAUUUUGAUUAUUCUAGGGGUGUUGUAUAAAUAUUUUUGGUACAGGGGUGUACUUGUAAUUUAGAAAAACGACGUGUCGUAUGCAUUUCGGCGGAGUCCAUCUUGGCAGCUCAGAACUGCAGUUGGCGGGCGCACCCGCACCCAGUAAACUGCAGCCGUCGGGCGGGCGCACCCGUGAACUAGAGAGCGAGCGAGAGAGAAAGAUGGUGACGCUGCUGGUGGCGACGAGUAUUGACCCGGCCUCAAUCAACCCGGCGAAUGCGCUUCUCGCCAUGCCGGGAUGGCAACCUGUUCCUUCUUUACAGCCAAAGGAUAUGAAGAGCUUUGCGAAUCAAGGAGUGAGAAUGCUUCUACAUGGGAACAGUAUAAUCCGUGAGGAUCACUUGGAGAAACGGUGGGAGGAUGCCACAGGCGAAGUUGUCGAUGAAGUUAUCUUCUUUAGCAAACACACUGCUGUCUCUAAUAGACCUGCCCUCACUGUCCACCCCAUUGGGGUCCCUCAUUUGCGUGAAGGGGACGUUGCUCCUCAAGGUGGCAAGCCUGGAUGGGCUGCGCCACCCAAUCCUCGAAUUGGACCAUGGCUUAGACUCAUGAAAAAGAUUGCAGAGUCUCAUAACUUAGUUCCUGAGUUUGAGAUUACUUUAGAAGGCACUCAUCAUGGACCAGAGACAAAUAAGCCCACUAUGUUUUUGGAAAUUGGUAGCACAGAGGAGUACUGGAAGAGGCAGGAUGCAGCUCAAGUUAUGGCUCAGCUAGUUUGGGAAGGACUUGGACUUGGAGGGGAAGCUGAUGUGGGAAACUGGAGCAGGGAGAAUGAUAAGAAGAAAGUUCUCAUUGGGAUUGGUGGUGGACAUUAUGCACCUCGGCACAUGGAUAUAGUGCUGAAAGAUGGUGUUUGGGUUGGUCAUCUACUUUCAGGAUACUCUCUGCCAAUGGAAGAUCCUAAUCAAUCAAAAGUGGAUAAAAGUGCUGAAAUUGGUGGGACUUGGAGAGAGGCAAUAAAAGCAGCCUUUGAGGCAACAAAAUUGGCAUUUCCUGGCGGGGAAAUUCUUGCACACCUUGAUCACAAGAGUUUUAAGGGCUGGCAGAAGAAUGCCUUAACAGGUUUCUUGGGCGAGCAGAACAUUAAGAUCGGCAAACCGAAUGAUUUCUACUAAAUUUGACAUUAUUCUGAGCUAGAUUUUUUUCCCAUAAAAAGUAAUAGGCAUUAGUAAACAACUGAUGGCGGUCAACAGAAUGAACCUGCUACAGUGACGCAGAUUUUGAUGAUUUCUCAGCAAGGCCAUCUACUAUAGAAGAAGUUCAUGAAGAUUAAAAGUUCACUAAGAAUGCUGGGUAGUCUGAUUUUGUCAUAUAUUGAUUGUCAUAAAUACAUGUAACCUGCUUUUUAUUUGGUUUUAAUAUGGGUGUCCCAGGUUCAUGUCCUGAUAACAAUUAUAAAUUUUAUGAUGGAAAUGUAUACUCAGGUUGUUUUAAAUA